GCUGGUGGGAUGACCGGGUUUGGACCCGCCCCCAUCACAGGAGGAGCCAGGCACAGGGAAGUAGUUUGGAGCCUGCGCCCUAUAGUCAGAGUUGUGGGUUCAAGUCCUGACCAUGUGGCAGAGAUCUUCACGAUCUUUAUGACUCAGUUUACAUCCUCUGCAAAUUGGAGAUUUAAUGAUAGCCACAUUGUAGGAUUAAUAGGCUUACAAGGAAUGUCUAUGGGGGGUGGGUACCUCCGGCGCCCAGGCCUUAGGGAUGUUUAGUUAAUGAUGUUGUUGUUAGUACUAGCUGGGGCGGCCCCUGUGAGCGGCCUCCCCAGCGGCUUCCUGUAGGGGAGCAGGGGCCGCCCCCUCUCCCCUUCCUCCAGGCGCUCUUCCUCCCGCCUCUCCGCCCCGCCCCGCCCCGUCCCGUCCCUCCUCUUUCCUCAGAGGAAACUUUCCGCCGGCUGGACCAUCGGGGUGUCCGGCCGCAACACGGUGCGAACCGAGUAAGGCGGACGGGGCGGCCCGGCCCGGGUGUAUGCAGCCCCCGGAGAGACGCAACUGCCGAGGGCAGGCAGCGGGACGCUGACGGGGUGGAGGAGCUGCCCCAGGAGUGAGCGCCCUGGGCCCUAGAGGACCUGACCUGGCUGACCUCGCAGGUUUAGAGGAGAGCCGCGCCCCAGCAGCAUGGAUGCCCCAAGGAGGGAUAUGGAGCUACUCAGCAACAGCCUGGCGGCCUAUGCACACAUCCGAGCUAACCCCGAGAGCUUCGGUCUCUACUUCGUGCUGGGCGUCUGCUUCGGCCUGCUGCUGACUCUGUGCCUACUAGUCAUCAGCAUCUCCUGCGCGCCUCGCUCGCGGCCCCGGACCCCUGCUCCGCGCCGGGACCCUCGCAGCAGCACCCUAGAGCCCGAAGAUGAGGACGACGAGGAUGAAGACACCAUGACGAGGCUGGGCCCGGAUGACACACUCCCGGGCCAGGAGCUGUCCACUGAGCCCGACGGGCCCCUUAGUGUCAAUGUCUUCACAUCCGCAGAAGAGCUAGAGCGGGCACAGCGGCUGGAGGAGCGUGAGCGAAUCCUGCGGGAGAUCUGGCGCACUGGGCAGCCAGACCUGCUGGGCACCGGCACGCUCGGGCCCGGAGCCACGGCCACAGGCACACUGGGCCGUAUGCACUAUUAUUGACACACGACCCACAGCAUGGGUCCCUGAAUACUGGACUUAGGACUGAACUCAGUGCUGCCCCAGGGCUUUCAAACUGCCUCUGCUCCAAUUCUCCUGGUGCUAUUGGGCGUGAAUCGCCGCCUGCCAAGCACUCUUUACUGGGCAGGUGUGGGUGGGGGGGAAAUGCCAGGUCCCACCUUCUCCUCCUGGUAAUAAUCAAUGACCAAUGAAAGCUAGUCUCAGCGACUCAGUCUCGUU